UUGUCAAUUGACAAUCAAACUCCCAAUAAUUAAUGGACAGUUUAUACUGCAGCGACUAAAAUUAUUGCCCCUCACCAAACAAAAUCAAUACUUUCAUGUCAAGUUUUGGCUCAGUUACGCACACAAACGUACAUUGUGGGAAAAUUGACAGAAGGAACGCAGCUAUCAAAUGCUAGGUUGAAAAAGCAACUCUCUAUAGUGCAGUAUAGUAUGCCGAAAGCUAACGGUGAUCCUGGAAUUGAUGAGCUGGAAGAAUGGGCUGAAAUUGAAAAUUCAGAAGAAAUAGAAGAGGAUCCAUUGUUCGGAAAUUUUGAGCACGAUAAAGGAUUGAAGCUGUUGCUGUCACCAAAAAGCAGUAAAACUGGCCAACGAAAAGGUAAGAGGAAGAACCAGAAAAUUGAUACGAAGAAAUCUAAGCGUAUUUCCACCGGGUUGGAUAUCUUACAACAAUUACAGGUCCAUAUGAAAGACCCAUUAGAUAAAGAGUUAGGGUUUUCGUUGAAUAAAGAGCAUACCUUUAGAUCAGCGAAUAGUUCAAACUCUAGAGACUUCAUGCAUUUGAUGGAUGAAGUGAAACGGGAGCGUGAAAUCAAGGUGCUUCUCUCAGAUCAGGAUAAGGCAGAGCUCAGAGCGAAGGAAGUUGAUGAUAAGAUUUUUCAGUGGAUUCGUUCUAAUGUUUUUAACAAGUUUCUCGAUAUUGAGAAUAACGGACACAAGGUACAUAGUAAUUGGAUUUCACAAUUAAGGAAAUCCUUGAAAGCUAUUGUGGCUCAAAACAAUGGUGAAUAUGAUGUCAGCGUGAUCAACAACAACAUAAUCGAAGACCCGCAAUACAGCAAUUUCAAAUUCUUUACGAGCCAAGGAGCCAAGACUAGUCAAUGGAGAGGUGUCUCGUUUCUCUUUGAUGAGUAUAGUGUUGAAAGUAUGGUAGAAAGUCUAGAUGUGAAGUAUGUUGAAGGGUUUUCCAGUCAGAAGGAUGACAUAGUAGUCAAUAAGACAUAUAAAGAUCUGAGAAAUGUUCUGAAAGCCCUAGGAGUCGACGAUAAACUAGCGUUGGGUGAAAUGAAACCUAUUCGGAAGAUGUUCGACGGAAAAAAUGAUCUGCCACGCCUGGGAUGUGGAUUUCAGGUGUACAAGUUCAUCAAGACUGUUGAAGCCAAGAGCUGUGCAGAUCUUUUCUCAAGGAAGGAUGUGGUCCACGCUUUGAUUUUAAUGAGUAUGGACUGUAACGUCCAGGUGGAUCUUAAACGAUUUUUCUACGAUGGCGGGUACUACACAGCGAAAGAGAUUGUCUUCAAAACGAUAAAAGAUCUGAAGGAUCCUCUACCUAUGGUGAAUAGUAUAUUAAGCAAAGUAUUUUUGCAAUACUGUCCUGAUUUGUGGUUUAAGUUCAUCAGCGGCGUUGAAAUCACCAAUGACAAGAAAGACAUCUUAUUUGCGGGCAAAUUAAUUCUCCGAUUUUUGAGUGAAAACAAGGUGAACGAUGGUGUUGAGGUCUACGAUAGCUUUGAAGAGGCCGAGGGCGUGGAGGAGUUAUUUAAUAUAUUCUGCACCUUCAUGAAGGAUAUGAGCGGGGAGUGUUUCAAACUCGAGGACGAGAACUUAUCGGAGUUGGUAUAUAUGAAGAUCGAGCUGAUCAAAGAGAUGGUGAUAAUAAAUCAUGGGGUGAUAAAGAAAUGGAAAAACAGCACAGAAGAUAACGACAGGUUCAACGAGUUGAGGAGCACGAUCCUUCGGGUUAAAAACCAUUAUUUCAAAGAAUAUGCAAAUAACUUCAACCCGGUCAUCCCAAAAUGCCGGAGGGUGUUGGACUUCUUGUACCACGAGUUGUCUGGCCUCGAGGUGGGUGACUUUUUUGUUCAGGACGGAUCCAGUCAGUCAAAAUAGUUCGGGACAAACUUUCCUCAAAUCUAGAAUGGACCUGAUGAUGUGGAUGUCCAGUGCCGGAUAGGCGUUCAGGUCGUCGGGCAAGUCGGAGUUCAGCUCGACGUACUGGAUGAUUUUCCCCCAAUCAAAUCUGCGUGCCGCCUUCACGUUGAUCUCGGAGUCAUCCACGAAGUAGAUGUUCUUUUUGCUCACCGCUCCGGACUCCUUGAACACCUUCUCGAAGGCGAGCUCCAUGGGCUUGCAGAUCAAGGGGAACUCGUUGUAGUCGCAGUACGACAACCCGUC